UUCAUUUGGAGGCAGAAAUAAGGUUAUAUAAAGUUGACGUUUGUUUUGCCGUUGGCUUUUGGUAAACAGCCAGUUUGAAUAUGAAAACAUCUAUUUCAAUAGAUUGUGCUUCACAAUCGGUUUCAGCUCUUUCGGAUUGUUGUACUCAAGCCUGCAACCAAUUUUUCCAGUUCAUGAUCAAUUCGGAGCACGCUUAUUGCGAACUAGCAGAUCGGAAGAAACAGCUAGAUGAAGCUCAGACCGAGGACACAUUAGUCACAGAAGAAAAGGAACAAGAAGCUAUUGUUCAGCGGAUACAUUCAUCUGUAGCGGACCUGGAACUGGCAGAAAGUGCAGUUAAGACAAUUAGAGACACUGAGGCCUUAAAGAAGUCUGAAUGUCUGACUUAUCAGAAAAAUAUUGAUGAUCUAAGGAAACGAAUUGAGGCAAUUUCGAAGCGGAAAGGGGAUCUGAGGCUUAACAGGGAUGAAAUAUUAGCCUAUAAACUGAUAAGCAAUAUUAACUUUGUCCAUUCAACCAAAAGAAUAUGUGGAACCGUUGAGAAGAAGGGACCAGUGGCAUUUAAACUAAAUCGCGAAAAUUUGACACCAGAACAAAUUACUGAGACGCUUUGGGAUCUGGUUUUAAAAGUAUAAUACUUUGCUUUACUGUACAUUUUGUUGUAACGAGUAGCACCCUUUGAUUAUAUUAUCAUUGCUUA